UGUGUCAGCCAGAGUUUUGAGGAACAGGACUCAGGGCUUAAAUCCCUCCAUAGGUACUCUUUAAAAAAAACUCUACCCGCUGACCACAAGCACUCUGCCCUGCCCCGGCACCACAUCCACGUCCAGCCCCAUUGCUCCACAGGUUCAGGGACCGCCUCGCUGCCGCUGUCACCCAGCCCCACUCCCCAGCCCCUUUAGGGCAGAGCCCGAAGGGAGAAGACCCAGAGGGCAGCACGCUGAGCAGAGGAAGCCCUCCCAGCCAACGUGACCUGAGCCCGGCCACUGGUGAACGUCGUGAGCACUCGUGGGCACCCAGCCAUACGAAGAGAACCUUGCCCCCUUGUCAUUCUGAAAGACCGUGAAACCAGAGUUUUAUCUCCAUCGGCUCACAGGAAGCUGAGCGCUUCCUACUCGGUCAGGGCCUUGAACCUGCAUUCACAAACACCCAGAAAGACACCGGACAGAAGCUCUCGGAACCAGAGAGACGCCGACAUGGAGGUUUCGGUCCCCACCGAGGACUACGGCAUGACCACAGACUACGACUAUGAGGACACGACCCCGUGCACGAAGGUGGACGUGAGGAACUUCGGGGCCCAGCUGCUGCCCCCUCUGUACUCCCUAGUGUUUGUCGUGGGCCUGGUGGGCAACGCCCUGGUGGUCCUGGUGCUCCUGCAGUUCAAGAGGCUCAAGAGCAUGACCAACAUCUACCUCCUCAACCUGGCCGUCUCCGACCUGCUCUUCCUCUUCACGCUGCCCUUCUGGAUCAGCUACAAGCUGAAGAAUGACUGGGUGUUCGGGGACGCCAUGUGCAAGCUGCUCUCGGGGCUCUACUACAUCGGCCUAUACAGUGAGAUCUUCUUCAUCAUCCUGCUGACGGUCGACAGGUACCUGGCCAUCGUGCAUGCCGUGUCCGCCCUGCGGGCCCGGACCGUCACCUUCGGCAUUGUCACCAGCGCCGUCACCUGGGCCGUGGCCAUCCUGGCUUCCAUCCCGGGCUGGUACUUCUCUGUGUCACAGUGGGAAUUCAGCCAUUACACCUGCAGCCUGCAUUUCCCGCACGAAAACCUGACCAAGUGGAGACAGUUUCAGGCCCUGAAACUGAACCUGCUGGGGCUGGUGCUGCCCUUGCUGGUCAUGAUCGUCUGCUACACGGGGAUCAUAAACAUUCUGCUCAAGCGGCCCAACGAGAAGAAGGCCAAGGCCGUGCGUCUGAUCUUUGCCAUCAUGAUCAUCUUCUUUCUCUUUUGGACGCCCUACAACCUGACUCUGCUCGUGGCUGUGUUCCAGGAGUUCCUGUUCACCGAUCUGUGCAAACAGAGCCGACAGCUGGACCUGGCCAUCCAGGUGACCGAGGUGAUCGCCUACACGCACUGCUGCGUCAACCCGGUGAUCUAUGUCUUCGUCGGCGAGCAGUUCCGGAAGUACCUGCGCCUGCUGUUCCACAGGCAUGUGGCCAAGGGCCUGGCCAAGCGGCUCCCCUUCCUGUCCACGACCAGGCUGGACAGGAGCAGCUCCAUGUCCCCCUCCACGGGCGAGCACGAACUCUCUGCUGGGUUCUGACUCAGAACGCUGGAGACCAACCCAGGACUCAGGGGCGGUGACCUGCCAGGUGCACCAGGACACGCAGAGGAGGCAGCCGGGCGCCCCCACCUGAUUCUGCCCCCAGCACAGCGUGCGCUCACAGCCACGUGGGGUGGGAGGGAGCCUAGUGGCAGCCAUGCUAGGCCAGCUCUGGGGCUCGAGUAUGCCCUGCUGGGAGAAAGAUGAACGCAUGACACGGGGUGUUCCAGACACUGGGGCAGCGGUGCCAGGGAAGGGCUUGGGCCCAAACAGGACUUUCGGCCUGUGAACAUUAGCAUCUGUGUACGCACCAAGCCCCGCAGCGCCCACCCGCCCCCGCCUCCACCACCGAUGGACUUGGAAAUAGUGAUUCCCACUAGUGACUCUACCCGGAGCCCCAGAGCCAACUGGUAACCCACAGUUGCCCCCGCGCCUCCCCGCUCAGGGCUCGGGCUCUUAGAAACCCUGGAGAAUCGAACUCAGAACGGAAAACCCUGGGGCUAGUGGGAAACAGGACUGGGCACUGUUGUGGACCACGGGGCUAAGAAAGCCAUAACAUUUUGAGAUUUGCAAAAAUCAACUGACUCAGGCAUCAGGCUCAACACAGACCUUAGGAACGGUGCUGUGCUCGUCAGAGUUCCCUGGAGGAGGGCACUCCUGCCCGCCGUGUUCCUUUCGUUCCGUGUCUUCCUGUAAGCUGGGUGACGCGUGGGUAAAUUCUGAUGGUGUUAUUGCACAACCACCAACAGGGGAAAGGGUUGCUUUUCCUCCUUUGGUUCUCCAUCUAAGCUUCCCGGUUUAGUGAUCAGAGUUCUGACGGCCACCCUACACCUAUCAGCGGAAAAAUGACCUGCCAUGCAAGCUGGUGGCAGGACAGCGUCCCCCAGGAAGAUGGUUGCCCUUGGCAGGAGGCUGAGGUGGGGUUCUACCCCGAUGCAGGAGGUGGCCUGCGCUCAAAGUAGCUUGUUUACCCAAAAUGCCCUUAACACUCCAUCUGGAACCACGGGCCCCUGUUUAUCUGUCUGUCCCUUUUCCUUCAGACAUAUAGUUCUUUAAAGUCAUUUCCUAAUAACAAAAAUUGUUUCUAGAUAGCUUAAAACACAAAGGAGAAAAACUCCAAACAUCAAAACCAUCCACAAUCUCACUACCCCAAGACAACCUCCGUGCAUUUUUGGACAGAUUUUCUUUUCGUUUCAUUGAGUUUUCUCCCUGCGCUUGUUUACAACGAUCGUAAUGCCCGACUCGACGGUACCCAGCGCUCUGCUGUGUUUGUGAUCCUGUUUGUGUUUGUGUGCUGUGAUCGCUUUCCCGGGUCAAUAAACAAGAGCACUGUGUUUGGGGCCUGUA